AUGACAAUGAUUUUUUCUGUAACAGAAAAUGCCCAUGGUAUUUGUUUAACAUUAUCAAGUACAAGAUCUGGUAAUGGUGGAAAAUUUCUUGGAUCUGGUAAACGUUCAUCAACAAUAGUUAUCAUAAAUGAACAAAAAUAUAAAGUACAAAAGGCAAGAAGAACAACAAAAUCCUUCUGUCUCAUCAUCAACAAAUCAAGCU